AUGGACAUGCUAAACUUUCAUCGUGAAGUAUUAGAUGCUAAAAAGGAAAGUAUACUUCGGAGAUAUCACACUGACUUAUAUGGUGAUAUUUCAUUUGUACUGAAAUGUGACACUGGAACAGAACCUUCCAGGCCCUGCAAUCAAUGUUUGUCUCCAAAUGUGACAUCUUGUGUUUGUACCAUUAACUUCACACUGGAACAGUCAUUUGAGGGCAAUGUGUUUAUGUAUUAUGGACUGUCUAAUUUCUACCAAAAUCAUCGUCGCUAUGUGAAAUCUCAAGAUGAUAGCCAGUUAAAUGGAGACCCUAGUACUUUGAUUAAUCCAAGUAAGGAAUGUGAACCUUAUCGAAGAAAUGAAGACAAACCAAUUGCUCCAUGCGGAGCUAUUGCCAAUAGCAUGUUUAAUGAUACAUUAGAAUUGUUUCUUGUUGCCAAUGAAUCUGAUCCCACACCUAUGCCAAUUGCUUUGACGAGAAAAGGUAUUGUUUGAUGGACAGAUAAAAAUGUGAUAUUCAGAAAUCCACCUGGAAAAGAAAGCCUUGAAGAAAGAUUUAAAGAUACAACAAAGCCAGUAAACUGGCAUAAACCAGUAUUUAUGCUAGAUCCUGAUGAAGAUAAUAAUGGAUUUAUAAAUGAGGAUUUAAUUGUUUGGAUGCAUACUGCAGGGUUACCUACAUUUUGUAAGUUGUAUUGUUUUAUAGAGUGGAGAAAUGAUUUACAUACAACAAUACCAGUGGGACAGUACUAUUUGAACAUCACAUACAAUUACCCCGUACUUUCUUUUGAUGGACGAAAAUGGAUGAUAUUGAGCACUAUUUCAAGGAUGGGAGGAAAAAAUCCAUUUUUGGGAAUUGCUUACAUCACUAUUGGAUCCAUCUCCUUCCUUCUGGGAGUUGUACUGUUAGUAAUUAAUCAUAAAUAUAGAAACAGUAGUAAUACUGCUGACAUCACCAUUUAAUUUUAUAUUCUUAAAACAAAUCCACUGCAUGUGCAUCAAGGUCAGUACUGUUCAACCUAGCCUUUGAAUGCUGAUGUCUGGUUAGUAUGUCAUUUUGAA